AUUUCUUUGGCUCACAAUUACUUCGUACUCAAAAGUAAGAAAAUAAAAGAAGUAAAUGUUACUUCUUUCAAUAGGUCUGUUAGAGUAUGGGCAAAGCGUGUGCUUUUAUCAGCAGCAAUUUACUGAUAAUUGACCUACAAGAUAUCUGCGAGAUUUACUGUGCCCUUACCUGCUGCAACAGUGGUGAUGAAAUACUGAAUACAGGACUGACAAUGCAUUUUGCUAAGGCACAUCCAUGGCUAUCAUCAUCAUGACCAGUUGUUAGAUUUCAUGCCAUAUUCAGGCACAAUUGACAUAUAUAAACUUGAUUUCAGUAGACAUACACCCAUCUUAGGAAAUCUAGCUUUUAUACAACAGUUAAAAGCCUUUUUUUUUAGGAAUUGCUUCAAAGGAAUUUGUGCAUUAUGUUGGUAGACUUGUGUGAUCAUAGAGCGCAGUCAAGGAUUAAGACAGACAGAGUGUCAUUUGACGGGUAUGAGGUACAAAAUCUUGUAUCCAGUAACACAGAGGAGAAGAGGAAGGGAUUCUUGUCUGACCAUUUCAUCAAACCACCAGUAAAUGUAACUGUCCAGUUCCCUUGCAAUGUUUCUAUUUAUAGAAUUGUCAUUGAUCCAGUGAUUGGUCAACAAAAGUCAUGUGAUUUAAAGAUAUUCACUGCAUCUGAGAAAAUGACAGACUCCUGGCUGUACAACAAUGUUACUGAUAAAAAAGUUCAUACAGAUGGGAUCGUGUUUAAUUAUGUUGGAAGUGUGACUCAAGUUGACCCAGCUGUUGUUUGUUUCAUAAAUAAUCAGUUUAAAGAAAGAAAUUUAUGGAGGAUUGAAAAUAUUCCUGAUGUAAAAACUUAUCCAUGUAUAGCACAGCUAAAUACUAGGAAACCAGGGGGACUGUUUAAUGUUAGCCAUGUUACUGUAUGUCUUAAUCGUAGUAAAGGUGGUAAAUCUGUUGCAUUAAAAAGACUCGAGAUUUGGGGAAUUCCCUCAGUGAAAGUACCCUACCCAGUACAGAAUACACUGAGAAAUGUGUUUAUUGCAGCAACUAGAAAGACAGAAGACUUACAAAAAACUGUACCUCAGGAUGCUGGUUUGUCAUCCAAAUUAAUUGUUGAUAACUCAUCAAAUAAUGCGAACAGAAUUUUGAUAGAUGGAGUAUCAGUGCCAGAUGAUUUCAUUGAUCAAAUUACAUUUGAAAUUAUGACGGUUCCUGUCAUGUUACCAUGUGGCAGAAACGUUGAUCAAUCAACUCUUGAACGCUACGUGAACACAGAAGCAUCGUGGGGUCGACCUCCAAGUGAUCCAUUUACUGCGGUUAUCUUCAGUCCAGGCUCGGGUCCUGUCACUAAUACAUCACUCAAAGCAAGAAUCGAUCAGUUUGUUUUGAAACAUUCACUGAACGUUCCUCAGACUUUAGGAUAUUCAGAUGUUCAUAAAGCUAAGAAACACACAAUAGUUUCAAGCAAGCUAGUGUCCAGUCAACCAAUAUUUGAAAGCAUGUGUAAAUAUUCAGUUCCUAAAUUGUCAGAAUGUACAGCUAGUCAAAAUAUAACACAUAGAUCAGAACUAGACCAGGAGAUCAGAGUGCGUAAAGAUCAGACAAGAUUUCCUAAUGAAAUUGAAACCGGUGUAAGUCCUGAUACCUCUCUUCCUGGGAGUCUUAAAAGAAGACAUUCUGAUAGGAAAUUACUUCAAUCUAGGUCAAAAGACAAGCUCAGUGCAGGGGAAGACCGGUUGUGUAUUGAUUUAACUAGUGAUGUAGAAAUGACUAAAAUUACUCCAACAAAAAAGCAAAAGGUGAAAAGUACUGACCAUAAUAGCAACCUUUCACGUAGUCUUGAUAGUGCCUUAUUAUCUGCUCUGGGAAGUCUUCCAUCAUUUACAAAGAAAUCUUCCCAACAGUCGUCAGUUGAUACCAGUGACAGAGUUCUUUCAUGCUCUAAAUGUAGGUCUGAUCUUACAAAAUCUGAUGUGAUAAAGUACAAGAUAACAUGUGGUCACUUUAUUUGCAGAUCCUGCUUGGUUCUGGAAGCUACUUGUUUUUCAUGCAAUAUUUGUUACAGUCAGUGUCAGUCAAGUCAGACUGUGAGAAUGUUUUAGAUCUGAAUUCAAGGUUAUUGGCUCAGUUUGGGACCAGCCUUUGAACUACAAUGUUCAGCUGAUUGGGUGCUUCAGAGCACAAUCUGAGAAUUGACCAGUGGAUGCAAUCCUAGAUUUCCAAAUGCAGGGUCCAGAGUUAUUACUGAGUUAGGAGUCCAGUCUGAAACAAUAACAUUUGAAUUUUGAUUGGCUGAACAGAGCACAAAUUUGAAAUCGACCAAUGACAAUGCUGCAUUCUUAGGUUGGUCUCGAAACUCAGUUUAAAUAACCUUGAACCCAGUUCUGUAAUUUAAAGGCCUGACACAUUAUUCACAUAGAACUAUUAAAUAAUAUAUAAUUGUUUUGUACAUGUUGUAGAGCUCAUUGUUGUCACUGAGAUUUUUGUAAUGAAAAAGGCACAUCCUAAAGUUUCCAUCGCUCAUCUUUGCUCGCAUAGGGUUUUUCCAUUCAAUUUGUAAUUUAGGAAGCAGUAACUUGCUAUGGCUUAGAACAGUCAGGGAUGUAACUGUUUUAAGUUAUGUAACCUAUUUCAGGUACUUUUUCAAGCAUUUUAUAACCUGUAUUAGUUAUAAAAUAUAGUUAACUCAGGUAAGUUAUUCAAAAAAAGUAUUUUUGCUGUUCUCACAAAGUGACCUUUAAAGUGAAAUUAGUAGUAAACAGUGGUUAAUCAAAUUCUCUUUUUAGUGGUAUCAUGACCUGAUAAGCAUAAUGGGAUGUUAAGAGAUUUAUAGCUUUAAAACUUCUGCGUAAAACUUUAUCAGCCUUGCAUAAAAAAUUUUACUGCAUAGCUGGAAAGAUAAAAGGUCAAGGAUUCAGGAAAUAUUUGCAUUAGUCUCAUUCAAAAUGAGGAAUUGGCACAGGAGGGGUUUGUAGUAUUUUAUGAUAACUGAAACAAGUUAUGAAAGUAUAAGCAAUAACUCAAAUGGGUUAUAAACUACGAUAACUUGAAACAGUUACACCUCUGACUGUAGAACAGUUGAGGCAGCUGUUUAAAGGAAAAAUGGCUGAUGAAAAACUAAGUGUAUCAAAGUAAAAAAGAAUCAUUAACAGUAUGUUUAAUUUUCUGUCCAUGUCAAAGAUAUUUGAGACAUGUCUAUCUCACCCUGAGGUGCUAUUUGCUUCAGUUUGAGAGAGACUUCUGAAAUAUAUAGAAAGAUGCCCAUUAAGGGAGACAACAAGAUUUUGACAUAUGCAGAAAUUUGCACCGCAAGGUGUUGAACUUUUUGUCUCAUUUGAUAGAUGUUGUUGUCAGCUAGUUACACAGAUGAAUAGUCAGAGCUAUUUUACUCAUUCUGGUGUUGGCGUCGGCGUUAUAGCUAUCAUUUAAAGGCAUAUAGCAACGAAACUUAUUUUUUUCUUUUUUCUAGGUCAGUAACCAACCUCACUUGGUCAAGUACCUUAACUCUGACAUGUAUUUGGCCAAAUUAUGCCCCCUUUGGACAUAGAAAAUCCUGGUUAAAGUUUUGCAUGCAAGUUACUAUCUCCAAAACUUAUGCAGAUAUUGAAUUGAAACUUCACAUGUGUCUUCUGGGUUAUAAAACUAGGUGAUAGCAUCAAGUCCCAAAACUCGGAUAUGCAUUUUGGCCAAAUAAUGCCCCCUUUUGGACUUAGAAAAUCCUGGUUAAAGUUUCACAUGCAAGUUACUAUCUCAAAAACUAAUGCAAAUUCCUGGUAUUGAAUUUGAAACUUUUCAAGUUUCUUUGGGUUUAUAAAACUAGGUGAUAGCAGUGGUUGGGAAAGAAAUUUUGCAAUGUGAAAAAUCCCCUCUUAGCCCUGAAAUUAAUGGGGAAUUUUCAAAUUCAAUGGAGCUUUUUAAUUUCAAUAAAAAAUAUCAACAAAAAGGUGCAUAAUCUGAUGCAUCCAAAACGCGUACUCUUCCUACCUCUAGAUUCAUUUUCAACAUUUCAACUUACCGUAAUUUUCUAUAAAGAAAUAGAGGAAUGAAAAUGUAAUGCAAUGCAGAUCUUUUUUAUUUACUGAAUUACAUUCGAAAUCUAAUUCAUUCCGUUGCUACUGUUACGAUAAAUAAAAUGUCAAACAUAAAAACUUCGGCGACGUCAGCCAUUUUUGUUACCGGUUGGAAGUUGUCCUGAUAGUGGUCUUUUUCACCAUGCUUUGCGCUAUUCAUUUCAAAUGCAAAUCAAACAAAAACUGCUCGUGACUAAUACUUAUAGAUAUACUUUUCUAAUAUGGAUGGCAACGAAUAUUCGUUC